AAGUUCAGUUUUUCUUUAUUUUGUUGUUCUUCUUCCACGUCCUCUUCCUUCCUUUUCGUUUUGGUGUCUUCUCGUCUAUCAGUUUACGAGGUUAGGAAAACCUUUCAUCAACUCAAAAUGAAGAUAGGAUUGUGUGCAUACAGUGGCUAUAAAAUAUAUCCUGGUCAUGGAAAAACUAUGGUCAAAGCAGAUGGCAAGACUUUCACAUUCCUCAAUGCUAAAUGUGAAUCAUCACACCUGAUGAAGAGGAAUCCCCGUAAAGUGACAUGGACAGUUCUUUACAGACGCAAGCACAAGAAGGGUCAGGAGGAGGAGCAGACCAAGAAGCGCUCGAGGAGGACACAGAAGUUCCAGCGAGCCAUCGUUGGUGCUUCCCUCACAGACAUCAUGGCCAAGAGAAACAUGAAGCCAGAAGUGAGGAAAGCUCAGAGAGAACAGGCCAUCAGAGCUGCUAAGGAAGCUAAGAAAGCCACUAAAGCGGCCAAGAAGCCUCCUCCAGCACCUAAGGGAAAAACAGCGCCAAAGCAGAAAGCCACAAAGGUUCAGCCCAAGGCAGCUCCUCGUGUUGGAGGGAAGCGUUAAUUGUUUUGACAAUAAAUUGUUUUAAACAAG